AUGUUGUGGACGACGAUUCACCCAUCAACCUUGGUCGUUGCGGCCGCAGGGCUGCUUCUCCUUCAAGUCCUCAUUAAUUUGAGACGUUGUAAGCCGCGCAGCGGACUGAUGAGCAAGAUCGAUGCCGUAGGCGUCUCGUCGAGAAACGACAGCGUCUCAUGGCUCGUCGCCAUCGUGAAAUCGGUAGUAGUGAUGCAAGAAACAAUGCGCGAAGGCUACGAAAAAUUCUCGAAGUACGACAAGCCUUUUGCACUUCCUACUAUGUCGAACGGCGGGGCUGUGCUCGUGUUGCCGCCUUCGAUGUUGCACCUUCUCAAGAAGCCUAGGGAUGAGCUUUCAGGCUACAAUGCUCUGAUCGAUAACGCUCAGUUUCGGUAUCUCAUGACAGACAAGGACGUCUGGGACAACGUCAUACACUUCGACAUCGUCCGCAAGGACCUAGCGCAGAAGAACAUGGGACCGAUAGCUAGCGUCAUGGCCGAAGAGUGGGACCUAGCUUUCCGCUCAUGCUGGGGUCAUUCCAAAGGCGGAAUCUCUGUUGAUGCGUGGGAAUCUAUGGUGCGCAUUGUUGCUCAUGCCGCCUUGCGCGUUAUGGUCGGUCUUCCUGGAUGCAGGAAUCAGGAGUACCUAAACCAGUCGAUAAAGUAUGCCAACGCAGUCUUGACCGACGGCUGCCUCAUUAGCUGUCUGCCUCCCUCAGUCAGACCUGUACUAGGGCGUAUCAUGUCAUUGCGAGCCCGAUAUCAUCAACGAAAGCUUAUGAAGAUAUUAGUACCUAUAGUUGAAGAGAAAAUGCGUCAAUGCGACGGUGGAAAAGAUCGGGAUGCCGGUCCGGGUGAUGUGAUUCAAUGGUUGAUUCGCGUUGCCAAGAACCAUGGAUCCGAGCAGAUGGUCGCUAAAAAGAUAGCCCUACGCAUCCUUGCCCUCACGCCCAUGUUCAUCUUUGCCAACGGCUGGGUCUUCGCCCAUGCUGUGCUAGAUAUAUAUUGCAGUGAAGACGGGGACGAUGUUAUAAAGACUCUCGAGACUGAAUGUCGCCGUGUCUCGGCCGAAUACGGCGGUCUUUCGUCGAAAGAGGCAGUCGACGCGCUCCAUAGUGUGGACUCCGCAAUACGUGAGUCCAUGCGUUACAACGACGUGUCGACAUACCUGCUCCCCUUCGAUGUCAUCUCUGGCGGGGCAAUCGAGCUUGGUCAAGGCCUCCAAAUCACGGCUGGGUCUGGCGUUCGGUCUGUUUAUCCCGUGCAGAUGGUACAUAUGGACCCGGAUUUGUACCAAAACCCUGAGCGUUUCGAUCCUUUCCGCUUCUCACGAGGAUUUGAUCCUUCAAACCCGAAUAGCUGUCCGCUAGGGACCACAAGAGAAACCAUGACCACUGUAAGCACCUCAUUUCUUCCCUUCGGCUAUGGAAGACAUGCUUGCCCAGGCCGAUGGUUCACAGCUCAGAUGAUGAAACAGGCGGUUGCUCAUGUGCUUCUCAAUUAUGACGUCCAAAUUUUAAAGAAGCCUACAAGAAAAACUUCAAUUCUCAACUUCAUGGCCCCACCACAAGAUGUCGAGAUGCUUGUAACUCGAAAAGCAAGAAUUUGA